AUGCGGAAACCGUUGAUGCGAAUCCCUUAUACUGACAUUCUCCCGUCACCAACAAUCAUCCCCGCCUCGGCCCAUUCCCUUCAAGGUGCUCUCGCCGCCCUUCACAACUUCUUCGCAGCGCCUCCGCCUAAUCAGCUGCCUCACUCUACUGUCGUUCUCACAGGCGCCGGACUGUCGGUGGCAUCUGGGCUGGCCGACUACCGAGGGCCCAAUGGCACGUAUCGAGUGAACAAGACAUACCGUCCCAUCUACUACAACGAGUUUGUACAGAAUCACGAGGCUCGUAAGAGGUAUUGGGCCAGGAGCUUUCUUGGUUGGUCUAGUCUUCUCAAGGCAAAGCCCAAUUCCGGCCAUUAUGCCAUCAGAGAUCUGGGAGAGUUGGGCUUGAUUAGUGCUGUCAUUACGCAAAACGUUGAUUCCUUCCACCCCAGAGCCCAUCCCCGGAUCCCCUCGCUUGAGCUCCAUGGCUAUCUAAGAUCAACCAAGUGCACUACCUGCCACACUGAAUAUUCCCGCGAGGAGUUCCAACAUCACCUUGCCCGGCUCAACCCUCGCUGGGCAGCUCUUCUCGAAGAGGCGCUGGCAUCGGGAGCUCUCGACACCGAGGAUCCUGACGAGAAGAAGUUUAGAGGCUUAAAAGUCAACCCGGAUGGCGACGUUGACCUCCCCGAUGCGCCUUAUACCACGUUUAGAUACCCUCCCUGCCCUCGAUGCUUGACCGACCCACCAAUCAAGACAGAGGGCUACAGACACACGGUUAGAGCCGACAGUGACGGUGCGUGGCUUCUGCCUAGCUCAGCUGGUGUUUUAAAGCCGAAUGUUGUCAUGUUUGGCGAGAACAUUCCGACUCAUGUCCGAACCGCGGCCGAGGAUGCCAUCGAUAACGCUGGUAGGCUUCUCGUCCUGGGGACUUCGCUUGCCACUUAUUCGGCGUGGAGGUUGGCUAAAAGAGCCAAAGAGAGGGGUAUGCCCAUCGCCAUCGUUAAUAUGGGUGGUGUGAGGGGAGAAGACCAAUUCUUCAUUGACGUAGAUCCCAACCAAGCUGGCGAACUAGCCGUCAGGGUAGAGGUGUCGACAGACGAUCUUCUCCCAACUCUGGUGUCUCAGCUUCGCCAGAGGCUCGCUUCGGGCUCGUUGCCCAAUGAUGCCCCUUUCCCUAACGACCCGCGAGAAAACUCGUCUGUCUUCAAAGAUAUGCUCUCUUAG